GCUGCGGCGCGUGCGCGAGCGGUGCAGCACCGGCCGCGGGAGCAGGGAGUAUUAUGGGCUGUGGGUGCCGCUGAGCAAGAUGGAGCUGUCUGCAGUGGGCGAGCGGGUCUUCGCGGCCGAAUCCAUCAUCAAACGGCGGAUCCGAAAGGGACGCAUCGAGUACCUGGUGAAAUGGAAGGGGUGGGCCAUCAAGUACAGCACUUGGGAGCCCGAGGAGAACAUCCUGGACUCGCGGCUCAUUGCAGCCUUCGAGCAGAAGGAGAGGGAGCGUGAGCUGUAUGGGCCCAAGAAGAGGGGACCCAAACCCAAAACUUUCCUCCUGAAGGCGCGGGCCCAGGCUGAGGCCCUCCGCAUCAGCGAUGUGCACUUCUCUGUCAAGCCGAGCGCCAGCGCCUCUUCGCCCAAGCUGCACUCCAGCGCGGCCGUGCACCGGCUCAAGAAGGACAUCCGCCGCUGCCACCGCAUGUCCCGCCGCCCCCUGCCCCGCCCCGACCCCCAGGGUGGCAGCCCUGGCCUGCGCCCCCCCAUCUCACCUUUCUCCGAGACGGUGCGCAUCAUCAAUCGCAAGGUAAAGCCUCGGGAGCCCAAGCGAAACCGCAUCAUCCUCAACCUGAAGGUGAUCGACAAGGGCACGGGCGGAGGCGGCACCGGGCAGGGGGCUGGAGCCCUCGCUCGCCCCAAAGUCCCCUCGAGGAACCGCGUCAUCGGCAAGAGCAAGAAGUUCAGCGAGAGCAUCCUGCGCACCCAGAUCCGCCACAUGAAGUUCGGCACCUUCGCGCUGUACAAUAAGCCCCCGCCCGGCCCUCUGCCUCCCCAGCCAGCGGGCAAGGCCGAUGCUGCGGCCUCCCCGGGCCCUGGGCUGCUCCUGGCCGCCCCCGCUGCCCCCUACGACGCCCGCAGCUCCAGCUCCUCCGGCUGUCCUUCACCAGCACCACAGUCCUCCUCCGACCCUGACGACGCGCCCCCCAAGCUGCUCCCUGAGACCCUGAGCCCAGCUGCUCCCGACUGGCGUGAGCCCGAAGUGCUUGACCUGUCCAUCCCUCCUGAGGCCGCGGCUGCCAGCAAGCGGGUGCCUCCCGAUGUCCCUGCUGCCGCGGGCCCGGUGCUGCCCACGGCCCCCGAGCCUGCCAGUGCCGCCUCCGAGCCUGAAGCUGGGGACUGGCGCCCUGAGAUGUCACCCUGCUCCAACGUGGUGGUCACCGACGUCACCAGCAACCUUCUGACAGUCACUAUCAAGGAAUUCUGCAACCCUGAGGAUUUCGAGAAGGUGGCUACUGGGGUAGCAGGUGCCGCUGGGGGUGGUGGCAGCAGUGGGGUGAGCAAGUGAGGGGGCUCCACCAAGGAGGGGGGCUUGGGGGGGGCCCUCCUGCCCAAAGUCCUACGUUUGCUCCCGCGCCCACCCCUGCCCUCAGACACCUCUGCCUGUGCUUUGCUUGUUUCAGAUGGCUCGGUGUUGCCCCCCGGGAUGGGGCUGGGCAGUUGGAGCCCCCCGAAGCCCAGUGGGAGCAGCAGUCCUGGAACGGGUUAGGGCUGGGGUGGGGCGAGGGCACUUGGAAGUCCUCCCUCUUGCCCCUUGGCACCCUCCCUGCCCGUGUAUGGUGGGGCCUGCUGGGUGGCUCCCCCGGAGCCCCCGAACCUGGGGUUCAGCUGCCUCCUCCGCAUCCCACUCUGUCUCUCCCCAGCUUGCUUCCAGCUCUCGCACACAGCAUCUGAUUUCUCGGUGCUAACCCGGCAGCUGUGGGGCCCCUUAGGAGACCCCCUCCCAGCGGGCACGCUGUCCCUUUCCUCCCCAAACCGGAUGCCUGGGCAGGAGGGCCAGGGAUGGCAAAGCCCAGUCAGAGGUGGAGGUGAGGCCGGCCUCAGCCCCUCCCUCCACGUCAGGGAGGGUGGCAGGAGCGGGGCCAGAGGGCCAGAGGCCUGGCUCUUCCCACGAACUUUAGCACCCGACCCAAGCAGGUCCCCUUAGGCUCCACCUCGCCCCGGCUCCCUCCUCAACCCCAUCUCAGAGGUGGGAGGGACCGGUAGGGCCCUUCAGUUCUCGACCAAAGGUGCUACAAGAACCUGCUGUGGAAACUUCCAGCUGGCGUGCGCACCUGCCGCCCCACGGCGUGUUUGUGCGCGUACCCGGAUGUGCACGGGGCCCGGGCUUUCCAGGCGGCUCUGUUGAGGGUUCCUCAGGAUGGGGUUUGUCCGAGGCCCGACCUUUCCUUGCCCGGACCUGGCGCGGGUCCGAGGAGUUUGCUGUGGAGCCCCCAGGCCGAUCCCCCCAGCCCAGCUGUGCUGGGGUGCACGCCCCCACGCCGCCCUGUCCCGGGCGGCCCGCUCAACCAGCCAGGCCUUUGCUGCGGACACGGCCUGGCGGGAACCGAGGUGGAGACGGGAGGCCCCGCUCCGGCCUUGCCCUUCCUUCCUCCCCCGCGUCUGGGGGAAGGAGGAAGCCUGGAAACCACUCCCGGUGGGGGGGGUGGGGGGGGGCCUCCAGCCUCUCCCCGGCCCCCUACCUUCGCUUCUGACCGCUGAGGCUUCUCACCGCGCAGCCUGCUCGAAGCAGCCGGAGGCUCCGGAGCCCAGGGCAGCUUUCCCAGGGAGCUAGGGUGUCCAUGCCGGUGGCAGAGACCAGGGCCCCUGCUUCAGGCCAGGCCCCCUGGGAGGGCGGGCAGGCCAAAGGGGGUGACCAAAGAGGGGGCUUGUGUUCUCCAGGAGAGGGAGGGUAUGCGGGACUGGGGCGCUGUGGGGGCCGCCCGGCCGGCCAGCCCCGGGUUUCAGUCUGGCCUGGGUGGCGUGGCCCUGAGCGGGGCUCCAGGGAGCUUCCGGGCGUGUGCAGUGAGAAGUGUCUCAACUCGGAAGCAGGAUGGCGGAAGGUAGGGGGAAGCAGAAAGAGAAUCCCGUUAGGUAGCAGAUGCCUUUGUCGGAAGUACGGGAGGACUCGCUCUUCCAGAUCUCCCUGCCAGGGUGGCCCCUGCCCCCUCCGCACCCCCGGAUGUAGAACAAGGGCCCUCACAGGGUUUGGGGGGCUGGCACUCCUAGACCCCUCCCCACUCUGCCCUUUGUGUUGGCUCUGUGGCCGUCCAAGUGCCAAUUGGCUUACCCCCCAAAUAAGGGCUGGUAUUUCUCCUCUGUCCUUAGAGGGGAUUUCCCCCCUGACCCCUCACCCCAGGUGAGUGACCGCCUGGGGGCCAGUUACAGGUGUUUUUCAGAGACCAUAGAAAUGUGUUUUCCUGAGAGUCCGUGUCAUUCGUGACUUUUUUUGUAAAGAAGUUGUGUUUUCAGAGGUGAUUUUAUGACAGGAAAGUGAAAGAAUUAGUUUUGCAAAAAAACAAAAAACAAAAAAAGAGGAAAAAAAAAGAAAUAGAAAAAAAUAUUGUGGGAUUCCUACGGGGUCGGGGUGGGAGUGGGGGGGAGAGAAAGAAAUAUUUAAAGAAAAACUAGUACCGCAGUGAUUGCACAGGUGAGGUGGUGAUGUUAGGAACGGGGAUGGGCGGCCUCCCUCCUGUCCUGGGCCCAGCCCCCACACCUAGCCUCCUUCAAAGGGAAGGAUGACCGCUGGUCCCAAGGGAACUCGCCAGAGCUGCAGGGGCCAGGUGAAGGGAGCUGAGAUUUGGGGGGAUGGUGGGGGGGGUGAGUGGGAGUCCCACUGUUGCAUCCUUGGUGACUUUGUCCAGGAAAGCUGGUGAGUAGAUACAGUUGGGUUUCUCGCUCUCUUCCACUCAUUUGCCAGCUUGUUGGGUCAUCUGGUCCCUCCCUCCCCACCACCCCAAAGACCGUGACACCCCUGAGCUUCCCUGUCCAGGUAGGGGAUACAGGCUUCAGAAAGACAGGAGCUGUAGAUUCUGGGAGAAUCUUAGGUAGUGACCCUAAGAGAUUGGGAGUGCCCAUGCGGAGAAGAGAAUGCCUACCCUUUCUCUUUCCACGGGUGGGUUGCUGCCCCGACCCUCAGCCGUGCGGCCCCAUCCCAUCUCAGCACACGCGGAGGCACACAUGCACACUGCUUAGAGGUGGGCACCUCCCCUGGGAGGCCCAGGUGGGCACAGGGUCAAGAGCAGGUGGAGCUCUCCUUACCUCUCUCCCAGGGUGGCUCUGAGCGGGGACCCAUAAUCCCCCCACACACUCUUGCACGAAUCAGCCUCCUCUGGGCCCUCCCUCUCCCCUUGCUGCUUUUCCGUUUGCCUAAUUACCAAGCAGAAGUUGCAUUCUGGUUUGCUUUAUUUUUGUAUGUGAAAUACCCCCAAAGCCCAAUCUCCCAUAUUCAAUAUCAGUUGGGGCAUCGGUCCUCCCCCCUUAAUGCCACCCCUUCCCCACCCACGUGUCAUAGGAAGCAGGUGAGGUCUGGUGUCACCAGUUUGAGAUGGGAAGUUGGGACACCUCCCUGUCUCAUUCCCCUCUCUGACCCUCAGUGUGCCCUUCUGUGAAAUGGGUGUAUUGGGCUCAAGACCUCUUCAUAAAGCACUGCUGGUGUCCAGACAGCUGCUGAGGAUUCAGUGCUGGUAGAGGUCGCUGGCA